UACAGUGCUUUGGAUACCAACCCGCUCUCUCUGUAUAUCAUGCAUCCAUUUUGGAACACUAUAGUGAAGGUAUUUCCUACUUGGCUGGCUCCCAAUCUUAUAACUUUUUCUGGAUUUCUGCUGGUUGUAUUCAAUUUCCUACUUCUGACAUACUUCGAUCCUGACUUUUAUGCUUCAGCACCAGGUCACAAGCAUGUACCUGACUGGGUUUGGAUUGUCGUGGGCAUCCUCAACUUUGUCGCCUACACUCUAGAUGGAGUAGAUGGAAAACAAGCACGUAGAACCAAUUCCAGCACCCCUUUAGGGGAGCUGUUUGACCAUGGCUUGGAUAGCUGGUCAUGUGUUUACUUUGUUGUGACUGUGUACUCCAUCUUUGGACGAGGACCGACUGGUGUCAGUGUUUUUGUUCUUUAUCUCCUGCUAUGGGUAGUUUUGUUUUCUUUCAUCCUGUCUCACUGGGAAAAGUAUAACACAGGCAUUCUUUUCCUACCCUGGGGCUAUGACAUUAGCCAAGUGACUAUUUCUUUUGUCUACAUAGUGACUGCAUUGGUGGGAGUUGAGGCCUGGUAUGAACCUUUCCUGUUUAAUUUCUUAUAUAGAGACCUAUUCACUGCAAUGAUUAUUGGUUGUGCAUUAUGUGUGACUCUUCCGAUGAGUUUAUUAAACUUUUUUAGAAGUUAUAAAAGCAACACCCUGAAACACAAUUCUAUUUAUGAAGCUAUGGUCCCCUUCUUCUCUCCGUGUUUGCUCUUCACUCUGUCUACAGUGUGGAUCCUCCGGUCUCCUUCAGAUAUUUUAGAAAUACACCCUAGAAUAUUCUACUUCAUGGUUGGAACAGCUUUUGCCAAUAUCACAUGUCAGCUAAUUGUUUGCCAAAUGAGCAGCACACGGUGCCCGACUUUGAACUGGUUGCUGCUUCCUCUCUUCCUGGUUGUGGCAGCAGUGACCAUAGGUGCAGCAGCCUCACACCUCGAGAGUCUUCUCCUCUACGCUCUUACAGCAGCCUUCACUCUGGCUCACAUCCAUUACGGAGUACAAGUGGUGAAGCAGCUGAGCAGCCAUUUUCAGAUUUACCCAUUUUCAUUGAGGAAACCAAACUCAGAUUGACUAGGAAUGGAAGAGAAGAAUGUCGGCCUGUAAUCUUCAGGAAGUACUGUAAAUAGAUGCUUGUAAAUAUCUCAUCCAUCACCAUUGAACUAAACUGGUCUGCUUGACAGAUAUGGGAUCGAUCACAGUGUGUGGCUCGUGGAUGGCAGGAAUGAACGUGAUCUCAGCUUGUGGAACUUUGGACUUUCUAACUACCAACUUUAUUUUUUUAUGAGACCAUGAGACAUUUGGUUAAACACAGUGUCCAUUAAACCAGCUAAAUGUUCCUAGCUUCAUGAGUCCAUACUGUUUUGACUCAUAAAGAUGCUUUACUUCUGUGUUUAAAGUCCCCAGAACGAUUCAGGAACUCCACAGAAUGUCUUAAUAUUUGGUACUUUUUAUAAAAGGUCUUCAGCUGUGGAAAUGGUUGACAGCCCAAAUCUAAUGUAGAGAAUCGUCAAAAAAAAUUCUCUCUGGCCAGAGAUACCAGUGACUGCAGAACAGUGUGCAGUUUGCCAAAUCCUGGUUGCUCUCCUGUGAACUUCGAGAGGUUGUCUGGUAUCCUGGCUCUUACUGUGGCUAAAUUCCGAUAAAUGGUUUAAUUUUCUGUUAGAGAGAAGUGUUCUGUUGUUACUUAGUAUAAUUACACCUCAUUGUUGUGGCACGGUUCAUGGUUUAAUCGAUUGAGGAAUCCUCCUGUCAGGAGCGGGUGCCUGUGAGCUGUGAUUCUGGAGGCUGUGUUUGGCAGUCCCAUUCUUGGGAUACUUACUUGUGAGGAUGUGGAUGAAGUACCUUGUAAGAGGAAGUUUAAGCUGGAGUUAGGAACCUCAGAACUUCAUGAUGAUCACGGUGAGGUUAGCACCCUGGCACUGCCGGUCCACCUGUCUUUGCUUGUUUGCUUUCUCUCUCUUCCUCUGGGUGAGGUGCCAUGGCUUUUAAUCUCAUGAGGGAUGAGGUAGACAGACAGACAGUCUUUCUCCCCUGACUCUCCCACCUCCCCAUUUAAAUAAAACUUUUGAUAUGUAUGCCUUACUGAGUAUUUACUCCCUUAAUAUGACUCAGUAAGUUUUGAGGUUUACUGACAACACAAAACUCCCUUUCGCUGUAUUGUGGUUAUCUCAUAAAUCUCACUUUUUUAUGAAUGUGGAUGUUUUCUUUCUUUGGACUUUGCCUUUAGUUUGGUGGUGGUGAAAUUUACUUGCUGAUUUUAUUUUCCACUGAAUGAGGUUUGUGCUUAAAUGAAGAGUGUGUCUUAAACCCCUUUUUUUAUUUUUGGGCAGGUUGCACUUGGAUAAGAUAGGCACCACUAUGUUGAUAUGUAAUUAAAUUCAUAACUGUUAAUUUACCUAUGAAUAUGACCAUCCUUAAAUAUUGUAGCUCAUUCUUUUGUUGGAUUUCUGUCUGCUGCUUUGUAAAAAGUGACUGAGUUAUACUCCACCUGAAUGUUUUUAAAUUCUAAUCAUUGUCAUCCAGGCUGUUGAAAAUGAGUCCAGGAGCUAACCCACAGUCCUGUGCUCAGUUUUAAUUGUUUGUAAGGCUAUGUGUGUUUGGGGACUUUUCUCUGAGACUAAAACUGAAAGCAAAAAUCAAUGAGAAAUUGAUGUAGAAAGUGGGUAGUAAUUCUUGUGUUCAUUAAUAAAUCUCCAUCAUGGAGGAGAGAAAACAAGCCAUUUACAUGAAGACAACUGUCCUGUGUACUCGAGCUCUGUAGGACUGAAUUGGGUAACCAAAGUCAGGAAAGAGCUUAGUUAUAAGGUUUUUGGCUAAUCAUUUUACUGUUUUCUUGACCUUGUACAUGAAAGCAUUCAUUUGUAUAAAAGAAAAUAACAUAAAUAUUUAUAAGAUAAUGAAUUUGGACCACAAGCUUGCUUCACCUUGUACAGUAUACUGAAGCAUCAUGUCCUGUAAUUUGGGGUCUUUUUUUUUUCCAAAUGUUUUAUUCUCUUUUCUGUUGCAUCAAGUGAAUUUGAAAAAUGUUUUGUGCCUUUUGUUUUGUGUUUGACAUGUCUAUGUGAUGGUAAAGAACUUCAUUCUAAAUAGUUUUGUUGACACUGUUGAGUGGAAGAGGAAGGAGGCUUCUAACGGAGCUGCAAACCCGGGAAGCCAGUGUUUCAGAAUCCUGUGGACUCAGUGAGUCCAUCCUAGCUGGCUCAUGUCCUGUCUCUUGAUGGUGCAUCUUAAAAGACCCAUUCGUUGUAGCAGUACAGAACCAAGUGGUACUGGUUCUCAGGAGCUCUGUGCAUCUCUGUCACCCUCCCCCCUUCCUCUACACCUCCCCAGUGUAAACGGUACGGAAAGCUUAUGUACUCUAUUUGGGUGAGUUUACCCCAUAGCUUUUGGGGAGCGGCAUCGAUGUCAGGAGCAUGCAUUCAUGUUGUCUGUACUUGUGGAAUAGAGUGCCUUAGGGAUUUGCAUUGUUACUCUGCUGGACUCCCCGUGUUACCUUUAGAAGGUUAUGGUGUGAAAAAACCCUGUCAGGCUUGUCAGAAGAUGAUCUCCCUGUGUCUGAGAGGAUGUGGCACAGAAAAACAUAACAAUACUCAGAUAGAUGCUGCCGCCUCUGCUGUCUCGAUGAUAUUGAUGGUCUUAUUUCAGCACACUGUUUGAAAUUGCCACAAUCACUGUCUAGAAAAAUAGUAAUAGUUCACAGGUUUUAGAGCACUAGAGAGACUUCGAAGUAAAAAUAUAACCAUUCUUCCUUGGCAUUUCAAUGUUAUGGUUGACAUACUUUUAGUUCCAAUUUUGAAAAGAAAACGUUGAACAUAGUUUAGGAUAUUAUAGUACCAUUGCCAAUACUGCCAUUUGUUCUCUCCUGAGGCACUGGGGAGGGAGGUGUAUGUCUGGGGCUAGCACAGGCUAAGUACUUGCCAAGAGUUUCCCUUGUGACUUGUAUCGAAUGUUAAGGGAAUAUGCUGUAGUCAGAAGGUGUAUGGACGGCACCUUGCUUCCCGAAGUAGACUUCAACUCCAUGACCUAUGAAGAAUAAAAAGAUUUUUUUUUUACUUUAUUUUUUUUUGUUUGUUUGUUUGUUUGGUUUUUCUCUAGACAAGGUUUCUCUGUGUAACAGCCCUGGCUGUCAUGGAACUCCCUUUGUAGACCAGGCUGUCCUCGAACUCACAGAGAUCCACCUGCCUCUGCCUCCUGAGUACUGGGAUUAAAGUAUGUGUCACCACCACCCAGUGUACUCUCUUCUUUUGUAUUAUAGCUUGAAACCUACUUGUAGCCACCUCAUAGGACAGAAACAGCUCACUGAGCCCUGGCUGCUGAAGGACUGGGAACAACCCCAGAGAGAAAAUAAAACCUUGUGGACCUUAACUUUUGAGUUUGGGUCUCCCAAUAAGCCAAAAACAGAUAGAGAAAUUGUAUUGGUUGUGAUGAUUCCUGUGUUCAGGGUGGCCUUAUGUUGACUCAGUCCUGUGCUUGACUAUUGGAAAUCCGUGGCGUCAGACCAGAAUUUUCUUUGUCCUGUGAAAUGUCCUUUUAAGGCAGCAUGCCCUAUCUUGAACAUCCUGUGGGUGAGUAUCUUAUUAUAGUUAGCUAUCCCUACUCCAGCCUUUGGGAAGGAGUGUUACCUAGUAUGCUGCAUUGAAGCACUUGGAUGUACAUUUAAAGUGACAUUCCUAACAGUAAAAUGGUAUUAAAUUAAUCACUGUGAAACUUGAAUGUGUGAGGCUCUGGGAAUUUUUCAAAGCUAGCAUAAAUUUCUGCUUUUCUUUGAUUGAUUAUGUAACCCAUGUGAUUUGUAUAUUUGGGGUUUUUUGUUGUGUCUGUUUUUUAAUCUGCAACGGUGGUAUAAAUGACUGACAUCACAACAGGCAGUCGCUUUGGGGUACAUGGUGAAUCAUGAUGGUCUAACUUUUCCAGAGAAAGUGUUUAUUUCUUUCUUGAAUAGAGCCAUGGGAAUUGCGUUUGCUGGCUUGUUCAUUUCCAGUGUUGUUACAGUACAAACUAAAUGUCACUUACUCUCCAACCGGCAUGCUAGAAGUGUGCUUUUCUCUUUAAGAGACAGCAUACCAGCUGGCUGUCAGCUCUGGCUUUUAAGCAGGGAUAUGUUCUUUUUAUAGACAGUUGACAAACUCACAUUUAGGGUAGCAGUUUUGCCAUCAGGGAGCUCUCCCAAGGGCAGCCUGAACAAGGUUUUGUUCAUUCAGUGAGGAAGGCUGGGUUCCCAGGAUUGAAAAUGCCACUCAGACUGAUUUUAGAGUAUUUGACAAGGGCUUGUCUCUAGGAAACCACCUUUAGGGGGAGCAGAAAGGUUGUUCUAGGCUUUUAGGCUGUUUUGUUGUCUUCCCUUUCAGAGAGUCCUUCUUAGAAAGCUGGACCAAGUCAGUUGGGCUGUUUUUAUGACAGUUGGAUCAUGGCCAUUGAGAGUCUAAAAAUAGAAAGAGAAGCCAGUGUCCACUUCAGCAGCUCUGAAAUGGAAAUUAAAGAUUGCAUUGACUAUCCAGGGAGUGACUGAAUACUUGGGGGGUGUUUGCUAUCAUGUUGGCUACAAAAUCUUUUAAGCAGUUUCUUUGGGUACCAAUCAAAACAAGCAUUGAAUUUGGGUUUUUCAUAAAGUAAUCCUUGAUGAAUUCUUGAUUGUGAUUUUCUUGGUAAGCAUUUUUUUUAAUAUCUAGAGAGGAAAACUCGUGACCUGGAGCUUAUUUAUUUUGUACUUGAGGUAACUAAGUAGGUUAUGGAAGUGGCCUGUGUCUGUACACCUAUUCUGUGUGUAUAUACGAUACGGUAUCUACAUGGAGUUUACUCUUGAUUAUCAGCCAGGUGGUAACUAAUCCUCAUUAGACUGUUGCUUUGUGUGGACUUGGUGUGUCCGUGGUGCACAUCUAAAGCAGAUUGCUCACCUGGAGCUACAAAUCCCCACACCCCGGUCAUCUCAGACCUUCAGAAAGCCCCCUAAGUAUAUCACUUUCCACAUCUUUUCACCAGGGAACUUGUGGGCCAGAAAGACUGGUUUCAAGAGUGCUGGCUGCUAUCUUCAGGGUUGAGGUUUCUGGGUCUGCUGGGCCCUUUUUGGCUAAGAGGCAGCUUUGGGAGCAGUGUGCCUAUGGACUCCAUCAGGGAGAUACUUGCUUUGCCAAAGCAGAGCUCUGCAGCUUGUUUAACUUUACUGGAAUGUUCUAAGUCUUGUGGUUUGAUGUAUAGUAGAGUACUCCAAGGCAUUUGAAUGUGAUUUUUGCAUUAUUGGUGUUACUGUUCCCUGCUGCUAGUCCAGAUAAUCAAGACCUGUUUCUUGUCACCGGAUUCUAGAAGCCUUGACCUUUUAACUGGAUUUAUGUUCAUGUCUGCUGCUGUGAACUCCAAAAGUAAAGCAGUAGGUUUUAGUUUUCAAUUGUUUAAUUCUUUUAUUGAUAUUUAUUGUAAUAAAAAUAAAUAAUUUUUAAAUCCUUUU